AUGGAUGCUCUGCCUCCGGAAUUGAUUGUGAGAAUCUUCGACAUCGUAUCACGUCCGGAUGAUCAUGAUGAUCUUCUAUCAAGAAGAUCAUCAAAACCAAGAUAUGCGUGUCUGGCUCUUGUUUCCNNGAAACAAUGGCGAGUCGUCGUCGAGAGUCGUAUUUACAAUGCUAUGCAGGUCAAGAGCACGGAAACAGAGACAUUUGCGCAAGUCUUUAGGGGUCGCCUAGGUAUCGAGAGGCGUCCCUAUCUGUCUGAAGUCGUCCUGGUCUGGGCACCACCUAGCCGCUCUGAAAAGAGAUGGCGGGCUCGCUCCAGGACUGAACGGGCUGCAGAGAAGCAAUAUAACAAUGAAGACUUCUCUGUGGCAGUCAGAGAUUUGUUUACCACCUUGUCUUCCUGGCAUUUUGAUGANAAAAGAGAUCGACCAAUCACUUUGUACAUAUGUCUGGAGGGGCCUCUACCGGAACCCAUAAGACUCUUGGCCUCAGAUACGAUACCCAAGGUUGAACGCAUCACUGUCUUCAGAUUGGAUAAUACAAAUAUCAGGAUGGGAAGUUUGCCUCUGAUCGCUUCUAGGCUUCCGAGGUUGCAGAUGUGCCAUUGGACAUGUUUUAAUAAUAACGAACCCCUCAACUCGAAUCGAGCACGAAGGGAUCGUUAUGAUNNAGAAUUUGCGAAGCAUUUACCCAUGCUCGAAAGCUCUAUCAUACAUCAGGCAUAUUUUUCCAUCCCUACAGAUACCCCUCUUAACGAAGAUCCUGAAACACUAAGUCUUUUCCUUCCUGGUCAUACGAUCGAUCGUUUGAGUCAAUCUCUCCACAAAUUUUCUCAGCUCGAGAGUUUGUCUAUUCUGGAUAUUCAUGACGCUGUCAUAUCUCCUACACUAUUCUGGCCAUGCGAGACUGGUGUUCCAACGCCGUACUGGCCUAACCUUACCAUUUUGAGAAUCACGGUGAAUCGCAUGGCAGCUGAUGGCGGCUGGUACUUUGAACAAAAUCCCCACGUUACGCCAGACAGUGACGAUGACAAACCUCCAUUCGAUCCAAACUGGGAAAGCAUGCCACCCACACCCGAACGAGUGUAUGCUGAAGAAGAAGCUCUCGCCAGGACUACCGACUUUUCUGACGACUCUGUACUGUACUCCACCGAAUCCGAAACCGAGAGUGAACAGGGAGCGAUCUACAAUACCGCACACACGUUUCGCGCUUGGCCAUCUCCAAAGAUGGAGGCGUUACUGCAAUCCAUGGCUAAGGCCGUGACUCGAAUGCCGGCCCUGAAGUUNUUCGCCGCUGGCUUUGAGAUGCCAUACCCUCACUCCAUCGACUUUGAGUUCUUCUAUCUGAGCCCUGGAGAACAGCAAGAUCUGGAUGAACCUGAGUAUGGCACAAGAUUCGAAAUCAACGAUAUUGCAAAGCCAAGGCUGUUCUGGCGUGUCCCAAGGUUUUGGCGAAUGAGCGAACGUGUGGAGGAACUCUGGAAAGAUACAUUGGGCAAUGAGAGCAUCAUUGAAUACCAAGAGUGGGUGCUGGGCAAGUAUCGCAGUGAGGUUUUCACAGAAGCGAACAAAACUGCAGAUUGA